GAAGUUGCCGCCGGGCCUGUGGUGCAGCCUCGGUGGGAGUUGUAGUUCUCGCGCUGACUCCCUUCCUCCCGGGGCUGCUCCAGGCCGUUCGCCGCCUGUGGGGGACGCUGUUUCUCCGUCUGCCGGCCCCGGCCUCGUUGUCUCCAGUGUUGGCGCAUAGGGGAUGGUGGAGAGCGAUGGGUCGUGGUCAUCUUGGCUUUCUCAACCACACCUUUGUUCUUUAUUUCCUUUCUACAGUUGGUUAUGCAUCCUGGUCACUCCAUCCUCUCCGCAUUUCUGGUGUCCUGGGCAACGAGCAACUCAAUUUUAGUCUUUGCGUCUUUGCCGAGCUCCUUGGCGGUCUUCCUCGUAUCUCUUACUAGCCGCCUGGUGGAGUGUUACUCGUUCUUGGAAGUGGGUUCAGAUGCCGUCUCUCCUGUGGCUUCCUGGAGUCACUCUUUGCAAAAGUUGUCUACUGAACGCCAAGCCCAGAAUGACUCCAGACCACAGCCAAAAGCUUCUUCCAGGUCCCUUCUCUCUUGCCAUGUGGCAGUAGCUUUUGGGCUUCUGAGUGCCCUUCUGGCAAGUUUGCUGCUAUUCCAGUGGACUCUGUGCCAGGGUUCCAAGUACUCCACUUGUGCCCACUGUCCUAGCUGCCCAGACCUCUGGAUUAGGUAUGGUGACCACUGUUAUUACUUCUCAGUGGAGACAAAGAACUGGACUUCUAGUCUGAAAUUCUGCUUAGGCAAAGACUCACAUCUCCUCAUGUUUACAGACAAGCAGGAAAUGAACCUGCUCAAAAGUUUCCUCAAUGAGAAAUUUUACUGGAUUGGUCUGAGGAACAAUUCUGGCUGGAGGUGGGAAGAUGGAUCAACUCUAAACUUCUCAAGGAUUCUUUCAAACAGCUUGGUACAGAAGUGUGGUGCCAUCAGCGGAAAUGGUCUCCAAGCCUCUAGCUGCGAAGCUCCUUUACAUUGGGUCUGUAAGAAGGUCAGACUUUGACAGAUGGUCAGAUCUGUCAUAUGACUCCCUUAAAAGGGGGAGCUGGCCUCUGGGUGUUGGGAUAGCCAUGAGUAUAUAUAUAUAUAUAUAGUGAAUGCUGAACCUUUGAGGAUAUGGCAUUAGAUGCAAGAUUAAAUGCAGCUUCCCCAGGGUUGAUGGUUUAUUGGUGGACUUUGAGAGUAUUUAGAUAUUAUCUUAACAAUUUAAAAACCAGAUCUAGGCAAAUUUGUGAAAUAGAUAAAGUUUUUUUUAGUAUUUUUCACUCUAGUGACUAAUGCUGCUUCCUUCAUCCUCACCCCCACCAUCUCAGUCAAAAAUAUACCUUUUAUAUGCUAUAUUCUGAGCUGAUCUAAUGAAAUCUGUGCAAAUAUAUACUAUUGCUAAUGUAGCAGAGGGUUUUUAUGUGCAUUAAUGGGUUGACAUGUUACUUUUCUCUGAUAAUAUAUUUUUAUCCUAACAGUGGCCCUUUGCAGAUAAAGCAUUAUUCUAAAGAAUAAUGCUAAUGGUGAGAAAAUAAAUUAUGAAAGUAGAUGAGAGCAGGGUGAUGCUGUCUGGUCUUCAGCUCUUCACACUUACUUAAGACCUGGCCUUGACUGAAUUUAGUUUUUCUGAAUAUGCGUAGAUGUGGUUGAAUGAAACAAUGUGUGACUAUAUUUUUUCCAUGUUGUGAACAUGUGAUUUGCAUGUUGAUUUUACAACAGUGGUCUCUUUGACAAGGCAUUUUUGUAGAGGAAAAUUUACGGAAGCAGUUUAUGUGGUUGAUUCUCAAAUUAUUUUAGGCACUAAUGCCUCAAAAAUGAGAAAAACUUAUUAUUUUUCUUUAGUAGGAUUUGGACAUAGAUAAGGAGGGAAGAUGUUGUUUAAACAUAUUGGAGGGAGUAAUGAAAGGGACCAUACUUCUUACUGUUGUUGACGCUGGAUUGUAGUCUGUUUACUUGUCUUUCUCUUUCGUAGUUUUUAAGGACGUGGACUGUGUCUUAUCCACCAUUGUAUCUCAGACACCUAAAAUAGUGUUUGUAUCAAUGAAUAUUAAAUAAAUGAAUGGAUUAAUAAAAAGUAAGAAUUUAAAAA